AUGGAGUCUAAGGACUCGGAAAUUCCAUCGGACCGCCAGAGCGGCCAAGAUUCUAAGCAAAAGCCUCUGCAAGACGAGUCAGAUGCCAAAAAUGCCAACGAGGAGAAUGCAACAAGCCCUGCUGUAGCUUCUUCGGGGUCGGUAAAGCCGACCACGAAGGACGAUUCCAGUUCUAAGAAGAACCGCCGAGAGAAGAAGUCCAAGGACAGUAACAUCAAACCGGCUUCUGAACAGGCGGGUGCGGACGGUUCUAGCAGUUCCAGCGGAGACGCUGCGUCGGAUUUUGAUGGCGAGGAACCAUCUACAGCCGCCACCCGAUCACUUAAAAAGCGAGUGGAAAUGAAGAACAAGGACAAGAAAAAGGCACGUACGAGAAAACCAAGUUCGACUAAGGAGAAACUUGCAAAGAAACCUACUCAGAAGAGAAAAAAUAAGGAUAAGAUCCCUGAUACUUCUUCUAAUUCCGAUUCAAACACCGACACGGAUGAUGAUUCCAUUUCAUCUGACUCUGAGUCUUCUUCAGACGAUUCAAACUCUAAGAGCGAUAAGAAAACGUCAAAGAACAACCUGAAGAAUCAGUUUAAGGCACUGCAGCUUCAGUUUACCCAACUUCAAUACCAACUGGCGGGUUCAAGCAAUUAUGCUUCCUAUGGAGCAGCCGCCAACCCGUACUCUUUGCAACAAGCUGCGUACCCCGUUACAUCUCAGGGUGCUGCUGCCGUGACUUCGGCAGCUGUUGGACGCAGUUUGUACUAUCCUCAACGAGGACGUCCACUCCCACCAGGACUCCAGGGCACAGGUCUGGAGGACAACGCUACUAACGACGAAAGUUCUGACGAUGCCAAGAAGAAAAAGAAAGCCAGCAAGGAAAAGAAUUUCAAGAAUCUUGCUUUCAAACGUGUCGACCAAGUAUGGGACAGCAACAUCCAUAACUACAAAUUGCAGGACACAGCCGAUAUGGGGAAUGAUGGACAGUAUGAAAACUUCAUCUUUCACGUUCGCCGAACCUUUGACUGGGAAGGUAAGUAUAGAACAACCAUUGUCGAUAUCAAGAGCAAGCUCCUUCGCGAAUGUUUGCAAGAUGUGAUCGGUAAUGUCGAGGGCAUCAGUCUCGUGGAUGAGGUUCCUAAAAUCAGUCCGAACCUCCUAUUCCUUUAUUUGGAAGACAUGCGCAAUCAUCUUAAGGCGCUUCGAAAAGCCAAGCCCGCCGGCGAGACCAAAAAGGCUCGCAAGAAGAACCAAGAGCGACUCAAAUACAAGAGAAAGCAUCUGAAGGUACUUAUUAAGUACCUCGAUCACGAUUACGAACGUACAAAGGAAAGCCUAUAUCCAAUGUUGGAAAGCGGUCUCAUCACAUUCGACUUGCUCUGGGCCUUAUGGAAGCCAAACACACUGGCCUAUACCACAACCUACGGAAGCACCCAGGAGCCACGAGUCUUCAAGGUCGAGAUGGCACAGCUACAUCGCAGCAUCAUGAAAGGAGAGUUUUACUACGUGGAUGGUAAAUACUUCGAAUUCGAUGGCAAGCGUUUUGGCUACGGCAACAUGGCGGUCGAGAUGGAAGAAUUUCAGGGGGCCAAAAAGAUUACCAGCCUCUCAUGUUAUCCACUACAGUAUCAUCAGAAGGAGGAAAAGCUUCGCCGUGACUUGAUCGAGCGAGGCAAAAAGUUUGUAUCUCUGAGUGGUGUUCACUACAAGAGCUAUCAGGGCAUUGCUUUCCUGAAGCGUAAGAAAGGACAGGUGAUGAAGUUCAAUAUCCAGCCUAGUCGGGUCAUGAUUGAUCCAACUAUCUUCCGAAGAAUCAACCCCAACUACAGCGUCUCAACCGUCAAGCCUAAGCAUCCGGAUAUUCUCUCCGACGAGGAAGAUUCUGACUCGGAUUCAGAUAAUUGCUGUGGCUGCUCUGAUGCCGAGGACGGGGAAAAGGUCAAAUGGUUUACCAAGGUGUACAAGGACUCUGACGGUGAGGUACGGAUGGUCAAAUUCCCUAGAAGCGAGAUUGAAGAUGAACCAGAAGCUGAACUCGACAAGCUCCCUUCCAAGAAAGACGACGGGGAAGAUGAGAGCGAAGGCAGUGGCAAAGACGAUGAGAAAAAUGAUGUUCCUGAGUUUACUGACGAAGAAUACCUUAUUGCCUCUCCCGUGGUGCUUGGAUUCGCUUUCUCGGAAAAGCAAUGGCUUGAGCUAGCUGUCUCUGGUGCGAGCGACAUCAAAUGGAACGAAAAGGCUUGGGAUUCCCUGGUUCUUGAGGAUGGCACCAAGGACUUGAUCAAAGCUCUCGUCAAGUCUCGUAAGUACCAUGCAGCCAACACCAUCGAUGAUGUGAUUCAGGGCAAAGGAAAAGGCCUUGUCACUGUUUUACACGGGCCUCCUGGAACAGGCAAGACACUUACUGCUGAGGGUAUUGGCGAGCUGCUCCAAUGCCCGUUGUACAUGGCCUCAGCUGGAGAACUGGGGACAGACUCGCGAUUCCUCGAGGCAGAGCUGCAGAAGAUCUUGGACAUAUGCCACGCCUGGGGCGCAAUUCUCCUGUUAGACGAGGCGGAUGUGUUUCUAGAGAAACGCAACAUGCAUGAUAUCCAUCGUAACGCUCUCGUGAGCAUUUUCCUCCGGCAAUUGGAAUACUUCCAAGGAAUACUCUUCCUCACGACCAAUCGGGUAGAGACAUUCGAUGAGGCGUUCCAGUCUCGAAUCCACAUCGCAUUACGAUAUGACAACCUCGACUCCAAAGCAAAGCGAACCAUUUUCAAGAUGUUCCUGGACCGCGUUCAGAAGCUGGGUAAACUGAAGGUAGAGCCAUUGACGGAGGAAGACCUGACUGCGCUUUCGAAACAAGACCUCAAUGGACGCGAAAUCAAGAACGUAGUGGGCUCGGCUCAGGACCUUGCCGUUAACAAGGGAGAGGCUCUCAGUAUUCGCCACAUCAAACAAGUUCUUGACGUCCAUGCGAAAUUUGGUCAGGAUUUAAAGGGCGGUACUGGCUACGAAGAUGCCAUGAGAAGCUACUUCUAA